UAGCAGCUGAGGCGUCUAUGGAGUAACUCUUUGUGGAUCUCAAUCUGACUGGGAGCUUUUUGACUCUGUUAUUUUACAGACAUAAGGACUUAUUGGGAUUAAAACAAGUUAUUUGAUAGGAAAGAUAAUGGCUGAUUCAGGUUUCCCAUUACCACCAGACUCUUUCUGCCCACUAUGUGCUGAUGGACUAAGGGACCCAGUCACCAUUCCCUGUGGUGACACUUACUGCCUGGAGUGCAUCAAGAUCUAUUGGGAUCAGUUCGACCAAAUGGGUGUGUACAGCUGCCCUCAGUGCCGGGCAACUUUCACACCUCGACCUGUCCUGAAACGUAAUGUGCCGGAUGUUCAGCACCAGCCUCAGCCCCGCCAGCAGCUUCCAGAGCUAACCCCCUUUCCUUACAUGCACCGUGAAUCCUACUGCGACUUCUGCGUUGGCCGCCGCAACAGGGCCGUCAAGUCAUGCCUCAUGUGCCUGGCUUAUUACUGCGAGACACAUGUCAAGCCUCACUAUGAAUCGUCCACGUUCAAGAGGCACAAGCUCGUGGACGAGACGGGCCACCUGGACAGGAAGAUCUGCCCCCAGCACGAGAAAGGCCUGGAGCUGUUCUGUCGCUCUGACCAGAUGUGUAUCUGUGUGCUGUGCACUGUCAGAGAGCACCGCGGCCACAACAUUGCCUCAGCCGAAGAAGAGCGUAUUGAGAAACAAAAAGUUCUGGUGGUCACCCAGUCCGAAGUGCAGCACAUCAUUUCAGAAAGGAUGAAAGAGUUGCAGGACCUCAAGCACAAUGUGGAUGUUCUAAAAAACGCCGCCCAGCGCGCACAGACUGAGAGUGAUAAGACCUUCCAUGAAAUGCUGCAGGCAGUCGAGCGCUGGAAGUCUGAAAUCAAUCAGAUGAUAAUGGCCAACAUGCAGGCAGCCAUGACACAGGCUGAUGGUUACGUUGAGCGCCUUGAACAGGAGAUAAUGGAGCUACAGCGCCGAGACGCUGAGCUACGACAGAUCCUCGAAACAGAGGACAACAUUCACUUCCUGCAGAAUUUUCCCACUCUAUGCGUUCCCCCGGAGGCCAUGGUUCCUAAAGUUCUCAUCAACCCCCAGUUCUCUUUUGGAGAAAUAAGUAGAACCGCCAUAGAGAUGAAAGAAAAUCUGGAUGACAUCUGUAAAAAGGAGCUGAGCAAGAUCUCCAAGACAGUCAGCGAAACGCCUGUGUACAUACUUUUGCCAAGGAACGGGGACAAACGUCUGAAAGUUCCUUCCAGGGUUGAUUUUCAGGAGCCCAAAUCCAGAACAGACUUUUUGAGAUAUGCGUGCAAGCUGUCCUUUGACCCAAACACCGUCUACAAAGAGCUGGUGUUGUCGGAUGGGAAUCAGAGAGUCACUCGGAAGAAAAGCACCCAGUUUUAUUCAGACCAUCCAGAACGCUUUGAUGGCUUUUCCCAGGUGCUGUGCAAGGAGGCUCUGUCUGGUUUCAGGUUCUACUGGGAGGCCGAGUGGAGUGGGGAGUUCUCCAUAGGUGUGGCCUACAAGAGCAUCAGUCGUAAGGGCAAGAACUCACACAGUCUUCUGGGUUACAACGAUAAGUCGUGGAGUCUCCUCUGCUCUGACUCAGGCUACUCAGCCUGGCACAACAAAGCAGACAAAGAUCUCCCGAAUGCUCCCAGGGCCACACGGAUAGGUGUGUACUUGGACUAUGCAGGCAAUACUCUGGCCUUCUAUUCAAUAUCAAACACAAUGGAGCUCAUCCACACAUUCAGAGCUCAGUUCAGCGAGCCUCUGUAUGCUGGUUUUGGGGUUGGCUCCUCUGUCACCCUCUGCCAGUUGAAGCAGAACACUGCGCCUUAUACUUAAAGAUUAUUAAUUUCAAAGGUCACUAUACUCAUAUUGAAGGAAAAUUUAAAAUAAUUUGAACAGUUGUUAAUUUCAUGCAAACCAUUUAUAAAAUGAAGACACUUGGUUUGUGCAUACAUUAUUUUCUAUCAUUUUUAACCCACUUUGUAACCUGUAAAAUCUAUCAACGGAUCAAACACUGCUACCCACUGUCUAAUUUACCUUGCUUUUCAAAUCACACAAACAUGUCUUAUUUUAAAAUGUCUUGAUUUUAAGUAAAAUGCACUCUUUUUGACCCUCAAAUGUUUUAAAUAAGCAUUAUUUAAAAUACGCAAUAAUUGACUGUUAGCUGUUUAUUUCAAAACAAAUGCUGUACAGUGGUGCUGUAUAUAUUUUAUUUCUAAUAACUGUUGGAUAUGACUACAUAUGUCCCCAUGGAAGGGAUAAGAAAGUUUAAAAGAAAUAAAUUGAAUGUACUUCCUAAAUAUUUCUCUUGAAGUAGAGUUAAAUCCCUAUUUAACGUAUUUAGUCAGUGCAAGCCAGCUUUAUUUGUUCUUUUGGUCACUGUCUUUUUGUUAUAUUUUCAUAUAUUUUUCUUGUUUUCAUUUUAAUCACCUUAUUAGUAAUAUAUGUGUGGAUAAUAUAUGCAUUGAAACGUUCAUUUAUUAAUAAUUCUAUAACAUUUUAAUGUAAAAAAACAUAAAGAGCUUUUAAACUAAAAUUAUAACAUGUGCUUUAUUAGGUCUUCUGGCAUUUCAAUGUACUUUUAUAUCAGAAUAUAACACGUCAUUUCUGAACCUAUAUAAGUAGGCAGAUUCUUGUGAUUAGAGCCUUUUAUUAGAGGAUUUGAACCACUGGAAGUCAGCAAAACCUUUUUGUAAGUGAUUGAGUUACUCUUACUUUUUUUAAGACCUUGAGAACAUAUUAGAAACACACCUACAUACACAACCAAAACCGUGGCCAGGAUCACAAGCGAGGAAAAUCCAUCUCUCUGCCAACAUAUAACAAUUAAACACAUUUAGGUAGCAGACAUGGUUUUGUCAUGAGUCAAAAUUAUCAAAC